UGCUGAUUGUUUUUGUUACUUUAGCCAGGGCCAAAAAAAAAACAAAACCUAACCUAACCUAAUAAUCCAAAUCCAUACAUACAUAAACAUAUAAAUAAAGAUAAAGAAAUAAAGCAAGGCUGACUGUUUUCGACAAGGGGGCCAUAAAAAUUUGGAACAAGAAUAAGGAAGAACAUAACAUACUCAUCAUCAUCAUCAUCAUCGUAGUCGUAGUCAAAUCAGGGCGAAAAAACUAAUCUACUGAGAAUCAUGGAUGAAAAUACUGAAAAAGACAAAUUAGUAUUUCUAGACUUUAAUGAUAAACUCUCAAACGAAAUAAUAAAAGAUAAAGUUUUUAUUCGAAUAGCAAACUUGGAAGAUAAAAAUCCUCUUGUGCAAGUCAACGAUAUAAUAUUUGAAGGUACCUACGAUUACAGUUUAGGCACCAAUCUUUUUUUUGAAAAAGGCCCGAACGAAGAACAUGGGGAGUUCCCUUUCAAGGAACCACUCGAAUUUAAAUUGAACUUUUUAACAGCACAGACAAAAGUUCUAAAUUGCACACAAAUGAAGGUACCAUCGACUGCUGUAGCAGCAGCACCCUUACCUGAAACUCAAACAAGACAAGAUAAUUUGAAAUUUAAUUUUAAUUGGGAAUAUAAGGAACUUUUAGAGAAGUUUGAAAAUGGAACAUUAGAUUUACAAGAUAUGAUAUCACCAAAAAAUGACACGCAAAAAGAUACUGAUUCAGCUAAAAAUGAUACUAGUGAAAGAAACAUUGAACCAGAGAUUGAACCUGAACCUCGACCUGAACCAAUGGAAACAGAAGGCAACAGGAUACUAGAUGAUAAUAUGGAAGUGUUUGAAAUACAGGAUAUAGGUGAUCCAGAAACUACACAUGAGCCAGAGCUACAAGACAAUCUAAAAAAUGCUUAUGAAAGAUUGCUACUAUUAGCCAGGACACCUGUGAAACGAGUAGUUGAAGAAGAGGAGUGUGUUUGUGAUCCAAAGUACAAAAAGGAAUAUGAUUAUAGAAGUACUGAAUGCAAGGUUUUGGAGCCUCCCCUAUUUUCCUACAUACAAUCUUCAACCACACCAGAAACUACACAGAUAAAUAAUUAUGAAAACCAUAUUAAUUUGGAUAGAUGUGUAGCACUAGGGCUAUUGAAACCUUUAGAUGCUUGCCCAAGGAUGUUAACAAAAAAAGAACAGGAUCAAGUCAUGACAGUAGAAAAUUUUGAAAAUCUCGAUUUAACUGCUAGAUAUUUAGUGCUUCAAGCUCAUAUGAAAGAGUUGGAAAAGCAAGUUGAAUCAAAUAGUUCCAUAAAAAAUAGUGAACUCGAUGAGUUUGGUCGAACACCAGUAGAGACUUUACAUAUAUUUAAAAAACUUGCUUCUGCUUUGAGUAGACGUAUAGAUGAAAUUAGUUCAAUAAAAAAUUGAAGAAAUAGAAGCCAAAAACCAUCAGCCUCAACAGAGGCACUUCACUUGUGAAGUGAAUCCAAAUAAACUUACAACAUACCAAAGCUGCCACUAGCGAGCUUAGAAGGAUAAUUAUUGACCAGUUACUGAAAUAAGUCUUCAAUGCGGGUUUGGUAGUGGUUUUGGAUGAAAAUUAUAUUCAAUAGGAAUAUAACGAGUGCAAUGGAAAUUAUCGAUGAUUUUUGGGAAAUUUGCCUGAAUGCAUUUUUAGUUGAAAAAAAGCAUGAGUGCCAUUUUCAGUUAAAAACGCAUGAGUGCUAAUUUGUCAAAAACUAUAGAUAUAUUUCCAUUGCACGAGUUGUAUAUUAUAUUUAUCUGGAAAAGUAAAUGCGCUUGAAAUUUCACUCCGGAUACCCGUUUGACUUUACGAGAAGUAGAAGGCGGAAUCUGAUUUAUAAAUCGAGAGAUUGUACGCAAUGGUCAAAAAUACCAAUUCCUUAUUAUUGUUUUUCGCUAACUGUACUUUUGUCUCUUGUUAUAGGUUUAUUUUAUUUAUAAUAACUGUUUAGUAUAAAUAAAAACAUCUUUAAUUAUCA